AUGGCUACUUUAUCUGGGGUGGAGAGACGUUCGACAGAACAAAUGUUUGUCUACAUUAGCAACCAGCCAUUUCUGCCAUACGGAGAGUAUGAUGGUCUGCCACAGAAGAAGAGGAAGACUAUAGAGCCACCAUCAUCAUUAGCACCUUCAGCGCCUCCAGCACCUUCCACACUUACACCUCAACUUCAGACACCUUAUGAGCUGGGUCAGGAGAUUCUUCAGGCCAUCCACCGCUUCGAGCACCGCAAUGCCUGCCGCUUUCAAUGGAUUGUGGCGAAGUUUGAGGGUAGAGACCCUGGGCCACCUCCUCCAGAUACACCAGAGCCUGAGACUGAGACUGAGCCAACAGCUGAGGAGCCACCAGUCGAGCCAGCAACUGAAACUGGGCAGGCAGUCGAGCCCACUGAGUAG